AUGUGUACAAUUUUUUUCUUUUUUCCAGGUCUGUUUCUUUUUCCUUUUUUUUUUUUUUGCUUUGCAUGUAGUGUGAGGUGUGAUCGCAUCUCGUUUUGCAUGCAAAUGUCCAGUUUUUAUUCGUCAUCGACGCUACCCCUAAUAUUGCUGCUGCUGCUGCUUUGUGUGCGCCUCUGUUCGGGCCUUGUGGAACAUCGCUGCACGUUCGACAAGAGGACGCGAGAUGGUGCUCCUCUGCCUAUGGUGCGUGAGCUGCCGCGGAAGGGACAGGGUGCAUUCCAGGCAUACACCGCCAGUGAGCCGGAGUGGAGGCCGUUACGCAUCGGAUUUUUCACAGAGGAUCUGAAGAAUAAGUCACGUUAUUGCACGGCUGAGGGAGAUAUGCGUCCAGACUACGAGGGUAACACGGUGAAGUGCGAGAAGAAGCAUAUCCUUACUGAAGAAAAGAGGGCGCUUCUUAUUAAUAAGCUCUUACCAGACUCCAUUAAGUUACAUUCGGAUCGUCUCCUUGUUCAACCAACGGAAUUAUUUGUGUUGCCGCCCUCUCUCGUUGGCGCGUGUACUUUGUUUUUGAUUCCUGAUAGUCAUUUUGCUGAAGGGAUUACUGGUGCCGAUUUUAUCCUUUAUGUUGCUGCUGGGCCGACGCAUGACGUGAAUGUCGCGUGGGGCGUACCGUGUGCUCUCAGGAGUGGUGGUCGACCCGCUGUUGGUGCUCUCAACUUUGGUCCGCAGCACAUCUCUUCAAGGCAGGACCUCUCGCGUGCCGUUGCACAUGAGAUUGCACACGCUCUUGGAUUUUCCGUUCAACUCUUUGCUGAAAGCAAAAUGGUCACCAAGUUGUCCAAAAUUCGUGGCAAAUCCAACGUCCUCGUAGUGUCUUCCGAAAAGACACGGGAGGUGACGCGGAAACAUUUUAACUGCGAUAGGGCGCCUGGUAUGGAGCUGGAGGAUGAGGGUGGUGCGGGGACGGCGCAGUCUCACUGGGAGCGGCGGAACGCAAAGGAUGAGAUAAUGGCGGGUGUUGCUGGGAUCGGGUACUACUCCGCCAUGACGAUGGCUGCAUUUGAGGAUUUGGGGUAUUACCGCGCUAAUUGGGGCAUGGAGGAGGUGAUGGGGUGGGGCAGAAACACUGGAUGCGAUUUUCUGGAAGAGAAAUGCGUAAACAAUGGUACCACGAAAUACCCUGAUAUGUUCUGCGUCGAUGGUUCCUUUCUAUUUCAAUGCACAUCCGAUCAUUUGGCGCUGGGGGUUUGCGGCUUGUUUCAUUUUGGACGGGAUCUGCAUCCGGUGUAUAGGUACUUUAAAUACCCUUUUAUGGGCGGCUCACCGAAUGAAUUGACGGAUUACUGUCCUGUUAUUAUGCCGUCGGGGGAAGGCGCAUGCACCAAUACUCUGAACAAUUUUACUGGGUGUCGUGUGGGGCCCAAUUCGCGAUGCGUGGAAAGCGACUUGCUUCGCUUCAACUCGGUGACCAUUGGUGCCAUCUGCGUGGAGGUAUCGUGCGAACAUAAAGGGGUUGCAAGCAUACGGUACGUGGGAGAUGACACCUGGUAUCCUUGCCCAGAGGGGCACCGGUUGAAACCAGGACCUCCAUUCACCCGCGGCCACAUUAUCUGCCCAAGAUACACGGAUAUUUGCACCACCCUUGCUUCUGCCGUCUUGAAACCUACGCUCGAUAACAACACCUUCCAGAACCUGCUUACGCCUGUGGAGGGCCCAGUGCAGAGGAGCCUCUCGAAGCCCUUGGAGAUGAAAAAAACCGACGCCAGGAAAAAACACUUCGGGGUGGAUGCAGGCAGCGUUGCCGUUACUCCCAGUUUGCCUUGGCUGCUUCUUUGCUCUCUCUUGGGCGCUUUGCUCGGAAUAUGA